AUGGAUAAAAUAGCCUUGCAAGGGGAAAUUAAUUCACUGAAAUUAGAAAAUAUGAAUUUGAAAUUUCAAUUAAAAACUCUUUUGGAAGAAAGGUAAGGUGCUUUAGGAAAUAAUGAAUAGUAAAUUAAUUAUGAUGAAAGAAUAUUAUAACUUUAAACAACGAUUAAUGAAUUAAAGAAUAAAUGUGAUGAUCUUAUUUAUAAGAAUGAAGUGCUUAAUGAUGAUUUGGAAUAUGAAAGGUAUGAAAGUAAUAAUAUUUUUAAAGGAAUAAAUCUUAAAAUCUUACAAUAUUUAAUAAGAGGGACUUUAGUUCUCCUAAUUUCUAAGAGUAGAUUAAUAAUUUAAAGAAGAAAUUAGAAGUAGAUUAUAAGAAUAAAAAUCAAUACUCUGAUGAAUUAGUCAAAAUAAUUGGUAAUUAAUAUGAAACAAUUGUUUAAUUGGAUUUAGAUAAAUAAAAACUAUUGACUAAAUUAAAACUCUAAACAAAUUCAGGUGUAAUAAUACAAGAUGAGGAUGAUUAAUUGAAUAUUAAUGAUUUAAAAUAGAAUCUAGAAUAAUCAAAAAGAUAAAUAAUAAAUUUAGAGUAGUAACUUCAUGAAAAAUAAUAAUUAAUUGAUGAAUUAAAUUAAAAAUAUGAAAUACUAUUUAAUCAAUUCUAAUAAUAACAAUAAGUACUUUAGAAAAAUUAAGCAAAACCAUCAAUAUUAGAUACACUUCAAAAAUCUAUUAUUUAAACUUAACCUAGCUAUGAUAUUCAUCAAAGUCAUUUUAGUAAAUCAAUAAUCUAAUCUAAAUGA